UUUCCGAACCAUUAAAGCCAGAGAGAAAAACAGAAAAAAAAAACAAGAAGACGAGCUUUAAAUAUUAAAAACUAUUAAAAUCCUUUUAAAUUAUAAGCGAAAUAUUUUGUAACUUUGCCAAAUGUAUCCAGCAGCUUAACCAGCCAUCAAUUGUCUUUUGCAACAUGUAACAAGAACAACAAUAACAACAAUAAUAACCAUAUAGUGAAAUGCUGGCAACGACAGACCAUAGGAUAUUGUUGGCAAUUAAAUGGCAAAAGGAGAAGGAAAUGUUUUUCGUAAAUUAACAGAGAUUCAAAUGUAAUUAAAUUAAAAUAAAGCCAAUAACAAUAACAAGAGCAACAGAAAUAGCAAGAACAGAAAUAAUAAUAAUAAUAAUAAUAAGAAGAAGAUAUUUGCGAAUGGCGAAAUAAUUGUUUAUUUUAUAUGUUUACUUCAGUUUAUUCUUCAAGUUUGUAUUCUUCAAGCUUUAGUAUAAAGCAAAGUGAAUGAACGUAAGAAACGAAAAGAAAGAGAGAGAAAAUACAAAAAUUUGCUGCAUCUAAAUGAAGUUAACAAUCUGUCAAUUUAGUAAAUUAUUUCUGCUGUUGACAGCUUUCUUCUAUAUUCUCGACCAAUGCAACGUUUUACCAGCAUCAGCAAUUGUUACGAUUAAGGCAGAAACUGUCAGCAUAGUUUAUGACAAAGACGACGACAAGAACAAUAACAACAACAAACACAACAACAACAACAGCACCAACAACAACACCAACAACAACAACAACAAUAAAAACAAUAAAGAUAUAAAGAAAUUCGCAAAAGUGAAAGAAUUGUAUUCAAGUGAAAUAUUUCGAAACGUGGAAAAUAGUUUAGAAACAACAACAACAACAACAAGGACAACAACAGCAACAUUAAUAGAUAAACUAGAAGAUACCUUAACAAAGAAUGAAGUGUCAUUAUUAAUGAAAACAUUAGAUAACAAACAAGAACAACAAGAGCAACAACAAGAGCAACAACAACAUAUAGAACAGGUAUCAACAAUAACAACAAUAAAUGAAAGAAUAGCAAAGGAUUUAAAUAUAGGAAAAUCAAUAGAAAAAUUAUCGAAGCAUAACCAAAGCUUAUAUGUUAGGUUGAAGGGAAGUAUAAAUAAAAACGAAAACAAAAAUAAAAAUAAAAAUGACAACGACAACCGUAACGACAGCAGUAACGACUAUUACAACGUUGAUAAGAAUGAUGACGAAAACAACAAAAACAACAACAACAACAACGAUGAGAACGAGAACGUUAAUGCAAAGGAUAACAAGGCGAGUGACGUGCAUAGUAUGACUGCUGCUGCUGGUAUUGACCUGAAAAUAUUAUCAGCUCAUAAACUGACAACACUUGUGAGAGACGUUGAAAACCAACAACAUUUUAUGGCAAACAAACAAAAAGCAACAAUAAAAACAACAAUCAUUCCCAGUUCCACUAUUAUAUUAAGCAAUGAUUUUAUAUGGCAAAAAUCAAAAAAACAACAACAAGAACAGCCGCAAUAUAAAUUGCGAUCUUCACCAACGCUAUUGCCAUCACCAUUACCAUCACCAACACCAUCGCCAUUGCUUUCGUCUCUAGCAUCCAUAUUAAUGCCAGCUAACAAAAUAACAUCAACGUCAACAACGUCAGCCUCAUCAUCAGAAUCUCGACACAACUCGCCAUCAUCGUCAAUGCUACACAGCAACAGCAAUCGCAUGAGUAGUAAUAGUGGUAAUGGUAGUCGUUCAUAUCGUCACACGGCCAAUACAAUCAAGUUACAGCGACAACACCAACAAGAACACCAAAAAGAACAACAAAUAGAACGACAGCACCAACGACAACAACAACAACAACAACAAGAACAACAGCAACAGCAACAGCACAAGUAUCAGCACCAGCACGAGCAACGUGUGGGUGUAUUAGUGCCAUCCGCACUGCUCAAUAGAAUGCAUGUGCAACAAGGCUUUCGUAAUUUUAUGGAAUUUUUUCAAGUGAAUUUCAAAAACGUUACUGUGGACUUUCUACUCGAUGACGAUUGGCGGCAUUUCGUGAAGCUACUUGAAGGAAAUUACUAUACAAUGCUAGUGAAAACUUUGAAUAUUGGCGUAGAUCUACAUAUUGGAGAUAAUGAGAAUGACAUUAGUAACUAUAGCGAUGCUGACGAUAGUGUCGCUAACAAUCAUAGUCAACGAGAAGUUUUGCAAAGUCAACAACGUGACGAUGAAAUGAAAACUAAAACGAAAAGUUACGAUAGUUUGCAACAGCAGCAGAAACAACAACAACAACAACAGCAGCAACAACAACGCUCAUCAAACAUUGGUUAUUGCCGCUUGGGUAAAGAGCUAGCACGUGAUUUUAAUAAAACCGUUUUAUUAUGGCCCUGUCCUCAUAUAAAAGAGUCUGGCAGCUUUCUACCGUCAUACGAAGCAAUUUCGUUUGCUGUUAAAAGUAUUGCUAAUAAACUUAAUUGGACUCAGGUGGAUAUUUAUGUUGGAGAUGAAAAUUGGGCUUUACCAAUGACCAUAGCAGCCAAUCUGCAUAUACCAUAUAAGAUUGUGAUGGGAGAAGAUAAUAUACAUAGUCUUCAUGCAUCCGAUAAAAUAGGCAAAGCUAUUAUUCUCACAGCCGUUAUGAACGAUAUAAGCACAUUGCGUUUACUUAACAAACUGGAAACUUUAUUAUAUACUAAGGUGCUGUUAAUAGACAUUAUGGCGGCAUCUUUCAAUGCUAAGAACCAGUUUUAUAAGCAUUUGUCACGCAUUAAUCCACGGUCAUCAUUAAUGUCUAAUCUUUUGCUACUAACCGUGCUCAGCGAUAAUUACCGUCAUUUUCUAAAUGUAGCCUUCGAAGAUAAUGGCAUACAAAUGGUGCAAAAUUUCCGUCAACUUAAACGUUUGAAAACAAUUGCAAUUACCGACUCGCAACAUACCAACGAUAGCCUUGAGUAUUGGCCGAAUGCUAAGGUAUUAUCGCAGGACUUUUCCUCCUCCUCCUCCUCCACAACCAGUAGCGAUGACAAGAGGAGUCAGUUGUAUUUAAGCGACAUAAACCAUACAAACUUUACAUAUAAAUGGCUGAAAGCCUGUUCUUCUUUGAAUUUCUUUAAUAUUAAUGAUAACCGACACAUUUGUCAACAUCAGGAACAAAUCAUAGAGAAUUGUUGGCUUUAUCUACGAAAUGAACAGCGUAAGGUCAACCAGCGUGAGAUUUUAGCGGAGCAUUUGAUUAAGGAUUUACGCAAAUUAUUCACGCAGCAGCUGUGCCGCAAACAACCACUUUAUGAUGAUGAACAAUCAUCAACUGUAACUACAACAAAAACAACAACAACAACAACAACAACAUUUGAAAAUAUUAAACGCGAUCAACAAUUGAUUGCAAAUCUACGUGAAUUCAUAGAUUUUUUUAAUUUUUAUGAUUUUUUGAUUGCAAAUAUUUUAGCGAAUAAACCAGCGAACGCAAAUCAACCGCGAAAACAUCAACAGCAACAACAACAUCAGCGACAUGUGCCAAAAUAUGAUUUUAUUGUAUUGGAUGUGGUGUUGACUGAUGACGGCGUUUAUGGCGGUGGUGGCAGCAAUAAUAACAGCCAGCAUAACCGUAUUAAUAAUACAUCAUCGAAUAAUUUGUUAAAUGCUUUCAACUGGCGUCCAUUAUUGAUACUUGAGCUACAUGAAAUCAAUUUAAAAACCUAUAUAACUCAUUCAAUACAACCCGGCUUUGAUGAUUGGCUGCUGGUUACCAAUGUUCAAUUGUGGCAUUGCAAUACCAUAUGUUGGAUUGUUAUCGCCGUUUGUGUCGGUUUUCUAUUGUUUGUUGUGGUGGCCAGUGUGGCGGCGGGUAUAGCCUUAAGAAACUAUUUGCUAAAAAAACGUUUAUCCAAGGGACCCAACAAGAUUGUCUUAUCGGCCAAUGAUUUUGUCUUUCCCGUCGAUUCACGUAGAGUGGAUGACGGAAUCGAAGCCAUGCUGCGUUGUUGGUUGCAGCAAUUACAAGAAUUCGGUGGUCCCGAAGUUGAUAAGCCAGAUUUGUUGAAAGGUUCAAUUGGAUCGUUGAAAAAUUUGGGUUUCAUAAUACCCGGCGCAUCCACUAAUGCAGCCAGUUCGGCUGGUGUUAAUAAUGCAACAACAAAUGGGAAAUCGUCAAACACCGGUGCCAAUCAUCUUGCCCGACAUAAUCCGGCUUUACUGGAUAUGAGAGCUCGAUACAAUGGCGAUUUAGUGCAAUUGAAGGAAAUACAAAUGAAUGGUUCAACGGAACUCAAAGCCAAAGCCAUGGAUCUUUUGGUAAUGGCUCAUGGUUUACGACAUGAGAACAUUAAUCCUUUAAUAGGUUGGCUUGCCGAUCCCAAUCGUACUGCCAUGGUUUUCGAUUUUUGUUCGCGCGGUUCAUUGCAAGAUGUUCUGAUUAUGGACGAAAUCAAAUUGGAUUGGUCGUUUCGUUUAAGUUUACUGACAGAUUUAGUGCGUGGUAUGCGAUAUUUGCAUAGUUCGCCUCUGCGUAUUCACGGUACAUUGACUUCACGUAAUUGCGUGGUCGAUGCACGUUGGGUGCUCAAAAUAACCGAUUACGGUUUGCCGCUUUUCUAUGAGGCACAAGGUAUACAAUCACCUCAACGUACAGCAAAAGAAUUAUUGUGGACAGCACCUGAGCUGUUGCGUGCCAUGAAACCACAACCAACGCCCUCGCAUACACAUCAACAACAGCAACAACAACAACAUCAACAACACCAUCAUCAUCAUCAUCAUUACUCCUAUUAUCUUACUCAUCAUGCUAGAACGUUAAUGGGUACCCCAGCGGGUGAUGUGUAUUCAUUUGGCAUAAUUAUGCAGGAAGUGGUGGUCAGAGGUGAACCGUAUUGUAUGCUAUCAUUGUCGGCCGAUGAGAUAAUAGCUAAAAUAAAAAAACCACCACCAUUGAUACGGCCAUCAGUGUCAAAGGGUGCCGCACCGCCCGAAGCGAUUAACAUAAUGCGUCAGUGCUGGGCCGAGCAGCCAGAGAUGAGGCCAGAUUUCAACUCAGUUUAUGAACGCUUCAAAUUGCUAAACCAUGGUCGUAAAGUGAAUUUUGUCGAUACGAUGUUUCAAAUGUUGGAAAAAUAUUCCAAUAAUCUGGAGGAACUGAUACGUGAACGUACCGAACAAUUAGAUAUGGAAAGAAAAAAGACUGAACAACUGCUAAAUCGUAUGUUGCCCAGUUCUGUGGCUGAAAAAUUAAAAAUGGGUUUAGCUGUGGAACCGGAAGAAUUUUCCGAUGUUACCAUUUAUUUUAGCGAUAUUGUUGGUUUUACAACAAUAGCCGCUCAUUGCACCCCCGUACAGGUUGUUGAUCUACUCAAUGAUCUCUACACGAUUUUCGAUGCCACCAUUAAUGCCUACAACGUCUAUAAGGUUGAAACUAUAGGUGACGCUUAUAUGGUGGUGAGUGGUUUACCGGUUCGCAUACCCGAUCAUGCGGAACAAAUAGCAACCAUGGCUUUGGAUCUUUUGCAUCAAAGCGGCCGUUUUAAUGUAAAACAUUUGCCUGGAGUACCGCUCCAAUUGCGAAUUGGUCUGCACACAGGCCCUUGUUGUGCGGGCGUGGUGGGUCUUACUAUGCCACGUUAUUGUCUUUUCGGCGACACUGUCAACACCGCUUCUCGGAUGGAAUCUACAGGUUCCUCUUGGCGUAUACAUAUGUCCCAAGAGACAAGAGAUCGUUUAGAGACCCGGGGCGGAUACAUGAUUGAGCCAAGGGGUCUUAUUGAUAUCAAAGGCAAAGGUAUGAUGAACACAUUUUGGUUGCUGGGUAAGAAGGGUUUCGAUAAACCUUUGCCUAAUCCCCCACCGAUUGGAGAAUCUCAUGGAUUAGACGAAUCCUUAAUACGUAAUUCGAUAACUCUUAAAGCUCUUGCUAAUAAGUCGCGUAAUAGUACAAAUCCUUCGUCCAGUCAAUCAUCUUCCUUAGCCGGUGAAGCUGUUGAGGUAAAAGUGGAAAUUACUCCGCCCGCUAAUGCGGAAGUAAGUUCAAACCAUUUGCAAAACUCGUAUUCCUUGGAUUCUAAUUCAACAACUACGAUAAGCCCGAAUAUGAAUUUGUGUCCAGAGUUUCCAAGUAAGACGCCUAGUAGUAGUCCUCAAUCUAGGAAAAUUUCGGAUGCAACUUCAACUGCUAAUGUACCUGAACAUCUUCUUUGCUCUACUGUUAGUUUUAAUAGACUGCCUAAUUCUGCUGGUGGUUCUUCUUCCCGUUUAUACAAAAAAAUUGAAGAAAUGCUCGACCUCAGCUCACCCUACAAUCACUACAAAUGCUUAAGUCCCAGUGAAAGUAACCUUUCACAAUUUUACGACGGAAAAUAUAUAUACAGCACUAGUAGUGGCAGCGGAUCAGGCGGCAAUACCACCACCGUUUUAGCCAAUGUAAUUAAUUUGCACAGUGCUGGUCCACGCUUCGAGAAACCGGGAUCCUCACGUUUACUUAGACGUCAAUUCAGUUUGGAUCGUGACGACACACAUAAUAAAGGCGAAUACCAGUUGCAACAUCAACAUCCACAUCAAGCGUCCCUGCAAACCUCUUAUACACUCUCCCUAUCAACUAAGUCAUCUCUUCUUGAUAUUCCUAUACUGCAAGAAAAUUCGCGCAGUCCUAAGGUCAGCUUGGCGAGAAUACAUAAACAGAAUUCAUCAUCCAUAGCUCAGGAUUUAGAAAAAAUCGAAGAAAUUCCUUUAUCACCAGCCUCCUCGCAACAGCACAGCAGUUUGGAUAGCAAUAUGAAUAAGAGUCCACCUUCGACGAUAGAAACAUCAAUUCCACCACUUCAUAAGCCUAUACAAUACACUGGCAGUAUAUCACCACCACAGCUACAAACUCAAGGCAAGCAAAUAACUAAAACGUCGACUUUAUUUUCGGCUCCUACUUCACCGGCUCCAUCCCGCUCUCUAAAUGGCAUCAGUUAUAUAACUGGCGUGAUGGAGAGCCCGACUACAGAUGCUUCAACCGCCACUACAAGUGCAUCAGUCACUUCCACCCAAAGUACGCCGGCCGAUGAUCCCUUAACAGCUAAGAAAUCCGAGAUAAGUCUUAAUGUCGAGGCACUUUUAAGUAGGUAGAAAAGAGACGCAAUCGAUUUUAACCUAUCCGAAGGUUGUUUUAAAGAGAUAUGCUAUAAGAUUAAUUGAACUUUCUACGUUGCGAUACCGCAGGUAAAGUUGUUAAGAUUCAGCGUAACGAUCUUGUUCUUAGCAGGCUAGUGAAACUCUUUAUUUUUACAUUAACAAGGUAGUAAACUCUUUAAAUAUAUCUAAGAUAACUUAAUUAGUAGUAUCCAUUACGUUCAAGCCACAAAUAUAUUAUUAAUAUUACCCCCUAUUUUUAUGCCCACCACCGAAGUAUGAAGAAGUAGUCAUUUUGUUACAAGAUUUGCAAUAUCUAAAAGUACACUUCAAUGAAUCUACAAAGUAGAUAUAACCUUGAUCGGUAUUAAAUUGUUCUUCUUCUUGAUCGGUAUUGGUUUAAGAAUGUUCGUAUGACUGUCUAUUUGACCGUGUGUCUAUGGUCCCGUUACAACUAUUCAUAUAUCGACUUUUCAACAUAAGGCGUUAGAUGGGAAAUUGGCGAAAAGUGGCCCUAUCCUAACCAUUUUUCAAAAACGUUCCGUCUUUUGGGCUAAAAUAUGUCAAAUUUCGUUAAAAUAUCUCAAAGAUUGCAAUCUAUAGGUCACAAGAAACCAAAAAGGACGGACGGACGGGCGGACACACCAAAAAAGUGUACCAAAUUUCAUCAAAAUAUCUGGAAAAUGCUACCUGCAACAAGACGAAUGGACGGGCAGACAAAUUUCUAGUAAAAGAUGAUUCUAUCUCAUGUCCUUCCGGUGGCUGCACACGUCCCGCGCAAACUGAAUACGCCCGUGUAUCGCAGAUGGUGUAGGGUGUAAAAACGGACGCUUGCUUAUGACUCAUAAACUGCAGCAAUAAAAUUCUUUAUAUUCUAUAAAUGAAGCUACGACGUACCUACCUAUAAUACACCUUUCCCCAAUACCAUUUAGUAUUGAAAUUUCAUUUUAUACGAGUUUGUUUUCUCACUUGAAAGUGUUGAGUACAGAAGACUCGUCUACAGCCGGACAUAACUUUUUUACAUUUUCUCUUCUUAUUUUUCUAUUGCAAAAAGGGAGCGUUGAAGUGUUUAAUCCUUAGACAGAUGAAUAGUUAAGUUAACCUUAAGGAUAAGAGGAUUUAUUGAGAGAUAAUAGCUGGAAAGAGAAAAAUAGGAAAAUGAAGCAAAAAAAUAAAGUGAAUGCCUUAUAUAGAAAACUGAUAUGAAGGUACAAUUUUUUGUUUUUGUUGUAAUGGUUAAGUGUUUAAAAAUAUUUACAAGCCUCCCUCCUCGUGCCCAUAAAUCAUAAAAUUGUUAUUUUCAUUUUAAGGCGAUUACAGGGAUGCCUGCCUCUCUGUCGCGUCUCGCACUGUUAUCAACAUAUUUGCGUAGGUUUAACAUGUAAAGUAAACGAAGAAGAUAAUUAUUCGUUAAUGUAGCGUAAGGGGAAAAAAAACGGAUAUUAAAUGGUUUUCAUUAAAGCAUAGGUGUACAAGUGUAAUAAGUAGCAUAGCAAACAUCACAUUUUUUUCACACAUGUAUAAACAAAAACUUAUUAUAGGAUUAACUAACGAUUACAAAAAAAAAAAAAAAAAAAAGCAGAAGAAGAAGAAGAAGCGUUAUGCGGUAGAUAGUUGUUACCAAAAAUUUUGUUACAAAGACGAUGUUGCAAUAUUCACGUCCAUUACGCUCACCGCGUAGGAGGGUUUCGUUCUUUCUUAAGUAAAAUCCGAAG